CGCGGAGAGAGACGCUCCGAGGGCGCCUUUUGCUUUCGCUUCCUGCGCGCCCGACGGCGCUCCACCCCGCUUGGCUCUCCGGCAAGGCCAGGCGAUGGACGCGCUCCUGCUCCUGGGGAUCGCCGCCCUGCUGCUGGGCCGGGGCUGCCCGGGUCCCACCGGCGCCGCUCCUGCCUUCUCCCAUCCUGGCUCCUCCACACACACCUUGCAGUACUACAAGGUGGCCGUCUCGGAGACCGGCCAGGGGCUGCCCCAGUUCAUCAUUGUGGGGUAUUUGGACGACCAGCUCUUCGUCCAGUACAACAGCAACUCCCGGAAGGUGCUUCCUCAGGUCCCCUGGGUCAGGAAGAUUGAGCAGGAAGAUCCACGCUACUGGGAGAAGCAAACUUAUUUGUCCCAGAACUGGGAGCGUUUUUUCCAAGCAAACCUGUGGAAGUACCACAACCACAGCAAGGGGAUUCACAUCUGGCAGUGGACCCACGGCUGCCGUCUGAGCCAGGACGGGGGCAGAGGAGGGCACACACAGUUUGGCUACGAUGGGAGGGACUUCCUCAGCCUUGACCUGAAGAGGCUCAACUGGAUAGGAGCCGAUGCCACCGCCCAGAUGGCCAAGCGGAAGUGGGACGCGGACGUGCCUUGGUCUCAGGACCGCCGGCACUUCGUGGAGGUGGUCUGCGUGGGAUGGCUGCAGAAAUUCUUGGACUACGCAAAGGAGACCCUGCGGAAGACAGAGCGCCCAACGCUGAAGGUGGCACGCAAGCAGGGCUUCGGUGGCCAGGAGACCCUCAUCUGCCGGGCCCACGGCUUUUACCCCAAGGAGAUCGACGUCACCUGGAUGAAGUCCGGGGAGGGCCAGAGGCAGGACACCUUGACAGGGGGCGCCGUUCCCAACUCGGACGGGACCUACCACACCUGGCUCAGCAUUGAGGUGGGCCCCAAGGACAGGGGCCGCUACCGGUGCCAUGUGGAACACGACAGCCUGCCGAAGCCCCUGGACCUGGCCUGGGAGGAGCCAGCCUCUGCAUACGAAGCGUGGCUCCUCGUUGGGAGUGUGGCAGCUGUUAUUGGCAUUGGGGCUGGGGUCCUCUUCUACAUCAAAAAACGACAAGACGGCUACCAGGCGGCACCGAGUGAGUGACUUUCUCCCCACGUUGAGAUCUUGCCCUGAAUCAGGGCA